AACGGCCCUGCAGACAAAUUGCAGCUGAGAAAAAAAAAAAAAAAACGAAGCUGCUGUUUGUGAAGGUGCAAACGAGAGACAUAGACUUUUUUUUUUGUAUCCAUAGAUGAACUCGUUAUCGCAGUUUACGUCUCAACUCCCUGACAUGUGGGAAGUCAGGGUAAGUUUAUCUUGCUGAGAACUCUACCCAUCCAAUGAACCAUGGCAACUUACAUCUGUGGAUUGUUUGUCACAGGACGUUAUUAACAAAGUUAAGAAUGUGGUGCUUAACUACACAGAGAUGGAAGCCAAGGUGCAUGAAGCCACCAAUAACGAAGCAUGGGGAGCUUCCAGCACCCUCAUGCGUGAGAUUGCACAAGGCACUUACAACUACCAAUAUUUCAAUGAGAUCAUGCCAACGCUAUACAAGCGAUUUACCGAAAAGGAAGCACGACAAUGGCGACAAAUAUACAAAGCUUUGGUCCUUUUGGAGUACCUGAUCAAAAAUGGCUCCGAAAGAGUCGUGGACGAUGCUCGGUCACACAUAUCUACCGUUAAAAUCAUGCGAAACUUUCAUUACAUUGACGAAAAGGGAAAAGAUCAAGGCAUCAACAUUCGUAACCGUGCCAAAGAGAUUGCCGACCUGUUAAGCAACACUGAUCUUAUCAAAUCUGAGCGUAAAAAAGCAAGACAAAACAGAAACAAGUACACCGGGGUAGGUUCCGAAACCAUGACCGCCAUCGGUGGUGGUCCUUCAUCUGGAUACUCUGGUUUCGGCAGUGAUUCGAUGUAUGGUAUGGAAGGCGGUAUGAACGGUAGCAGUUUCUAUGACGAGGACGACCGAGUUGACCGCUACGGUGGCGGCAAUAAAUACGAUACAUUCUAUGAAGAGGAGGAAGUCGUUACCAAAUCCGAACCGGUCGAGAAAAAGCGGUCCACCUCUGCCCAUGAAGCUUCCCUGUUUGAUUUUGAUGAUACACCGGCCCCGGCUUCCUCUAGCAAGCAAGCAGCAGCAACAGCAAAAGCAGCCGACGAUGACUGGGGCGAUUUUGCUGCAGCCACGUCUGCUGCUGGUGGUGGCGCAUUAGAUGAUUUUGAUGAUUUUCAGAGUGCAGUGCCGUCAGCCGCAGCACCAGCACCAGCGGCUCCUGCUCCCAAGAAAGCCGCUAAUCUGUUUGAUCUUUUGGAUGAGGAUUCGUUUACCUCGCCUGGCGUCGCUCCGUCUCAACCUGCACCCCCUAUUCAGUCUCAACCACCACUCUUCCAAACGUCAAUGCUCGAUUCACCUGGCUUGGCUCCUUCGUCCCAACCAUUGUCACCUGUGAACUCCAAGGCGCCUGCUGCAGCCGCCCCCGCCACCAAUACCACACCAAAGGCCGACUUGCCCAGUGGUAUGUGGUCUCAAGCGUCGUCCUUUGUCUCGUUGGACUUGCUUGGCAAGAACAGCAAUCAAUCCAAGCCUAACACAGGUCCCUCCAUGAAUGCCAUGAAAAAUUCAAGCAUCAGUGCUGGCUGGAACAACUGGGCAUCUUCCAAUCAAACUCCACCCUUGUCCGCUGCCGGCUCGCAAAAGUCCUCCAAAUCCCCUUUUGAUGAUCUUUUAUCGUAAAAUCCCAAAAGAAAGAACGAAUCACUUUCAGAUAAGAAUACCUUUUUGCUUUAUUUUUGUUAACUCUGAAACUUUUUGCAUCCAUCAGUUUUCCGUUUUUCUCUGUUUAAUACACUAUAAAAAAAAGAGGUGAUGCGAGGUCUUUGGGAGAAGACUCUGUAGUGAAACUUACUUGCGUUAUUAUAUGGGGUCGAAGACAAGCUCAAUAUCAUUACCUUCAUCGCCAUGUCUAUUUUCGAUCAGAUUGAUAAAAACCAAUAAUAUUUUUUUUGGAGCUGAAACACUCCAUC